UUUUUGAGUGAUUUCCGAAAAUAUGGAAGGUGAACCUAUUGCUAUUCCCGAAUUCUUGCAGGAAUGCCCAAACGUUUCUACUUCAGGAGUCUCUAGCAACCUGCAGGAUGAUACAAACGCAGCAGUAACUGAGCUUGCUACUAGAGAACCGUCAAAUUCCCAAUAUACCUUAGCUGAGAUGCUACAGAGUCCUCGUGCGACUUCACCAUGGGAUGGUAAUUAUGUUGCGGAUAAAUACCGCAACAUUAUUCAGGACGUCAUUGAGGAGCUUUCUGCAUUGGUGAAACCUCCUUGUGUUGGCCGUUUGACACUUGAUGACAUAUACAUCGUUAAUGAUCGAGCAAAGAUCAACAUCAAUAUUCUAAAUCCAUCCAAUACAGAGAAUUUGCCAACCUAUAGGGACGAAUUUAGAACUUUGGUUACGAAAAUACUUGGGAGCGAUAAUAGUACAAGUGUGGAGCUGAAACACUUUUAUCACAUGGUUGACAAAACGCAGGUGGCUUUGGGUGAUUUAUUGCAUCAUCCUCUACUCAUGUCGUCUAAUGAGAGACUUUAUUUCCCCAUUGAUGCCAUCCCGGAACUUCAAAGUAAGACAGGGGAUGCUUGGAAGGGUACAUACAACGACGGCAAGAAGAUUGACAUUGAAACAACGAUUGUAACGUCCACAUGUGAUCCAGCUUUUAAGUCCUUUUAUGAGAAAGACAAAGCUAAAUAUCCGGAUAAUGCACUGGGAGUGCUUGAUUACUCAAGAGACAUAAUCAGUCACCCAAAACAAAUUAAUUCGGAAAAGGUUUUGGAAGAAGGGCUUACUUCAUUGUUCCCCAAACGGCUCACAUAUUUAUAUGAUUUCUUACGUGGCAAAGGUAUUAGGAUGCAGUCCAUAAUACAGAGUAGGAGAGCAGAAUCUUGAUGAUGAUUAUGUGCAUCUGAUCCUAGCUUAACGAGGCAGCACCAAAAAGAAGUUUCAAGCUUGUUGCAACUAAAUUUGUGUAAUGUAUUGUUUGUGGUAGUAUUUAUAAAUUGGAUUUUAGUCGAUUGCAUGUACAAGGGGCAAUUUAUACUUGAUGCUUAUUUACAUGUAGUAAAAUGAUGGGUGUGCAUUGGAGACACAAAUUUGAAUAUCCUGUGAACUUUGUA